ACCGUUCCUUUCCAUUUCGGCUUUAGUCGACUAGCACCAUGCCUAUCUCCACAGGCCUCUUCUCUCGCCGGAACCCUUACCUCCUCCUCAAAACCCCUCGCAGACUCAUUGCAUCUCAAGCCCAAGCCCAAGCCCAAGCUCAGCCCAGCACAAAGCCCCUCCGCGUCCUCUUCGACGAAGCCAUUGGCCAUUCCAAGAAAAGCAGCACCUCCGACUCCGACGAAGAGCGAACCGAAUCAAAAUCCGCAACCGAACUGAAGAACAAUCUGAAGCAGUUGGAGCAAGACAUUAAGACCUUCAAAGAGAAAACAUCAGGGAUUCCUAAAAGGAUGACCUUGUUUGCUGCGUUUACGAAUAAACAACCUCCAACGAAACCAAAGGAGAAUAAGCAACCUCCCACGAAACCAAAGGAACCAGUGAUUGUCAAAGAGCUUUCACCCGACAUGAAGAUGUUUGCGCAGCACUUGUUCGAGAAGGGUUAUUUUAAAGACGCCAAUUUCUCACAGUCGAAGAAAAAAUUUGAUCAUGGUUGGUUUACCAGUUUCUACGCAUUAGGGUAUAUCAAGUUUGCCGCCCAGAGAUUCGCCAGAGAUAACCAGGAAAUUGCCAAAUGGUUAUCAGGAAGUGCCUUGAAGCAAGUGGCUACAUUUGGUUGCUCUCACACCAGUAACAGUGCUGUCUUUCCAGCUAAAAGGCUGCGGAAGUUUUUUGAGGUCCCAGAAAACACUGUUUGCUGUAAAUGCACCCUGCAACAAACAUGCAAGUUUAGAAAUCAAAGUGUAUGGAAUGUUAGCACAAAUAAUUUGGAAUUAGUGACAGUUAUGAAGGUUAUCACUUCAUAUGGUUUAGAGUCAGUUCACCCCCAGCUGGUAGUGCCUGAUGUGGUAAAGAAGUCAGUGAGUCAAUUGCUGAAGGAGAUUGUGAAACUGAGUCCAACCACUUGAGAUUGCUUCUGAUUGACCACUUUUUUCUCUUCAUAAUCUUGUGAACAUGAUCUUCAGGCCUUGCAGACCAUUUAUUGAGAUUACUCUUCUUGCUACCCAAGCUAAAAGCUUCCAAAAUGAUACUCUCCUAAAUGCUCCAUUUCUGGUGAGUGACAACGUUUUCAUUGGAUAAA